GUGACUAUGCAGUUUUAAGUUCAGAGGGUUCUACCACUGAGGGGCAAGACCUUCCCUUAUGGGCACAUUUAGAUUUAAAGGAAGGACAUAUCAGUGUAUCAGUGUAAGACCUAAGAAUCUGUUCAGUGAGGGAGAGAGGAGCUAUGGCCUUUUGAAGCCUGGAAUGUGAGAACCAGAGCUUUGAAUCCAAUUUUUGUUUUCACAGGAAGCCAAUGAGUGAUGUUAGCAGAGACGUUACAUGGAAAACCUUUAGGAGUUUAUAAACCAGGCAAACUGCAGCAUUCUGAAUGCUUUGUAUCAGAAAUGGCAUAUGACACAAGGUCACCAAAGGAAUUCCAUCUAUGUACAAGUGAUGGGUCUCCAUCCAUGAACAGGAUUGACUGACGGCUAGUCUUCACUUGCUCUUGCUGACCACACAGAUUAGAUUUACCUCCACAAACACGUUCGAAGAUACUACCACCAGAAGAAUCUGUCAGACUUCUGAAAGGACAGAAGAUUAGAAAUGAGAAUAUGGAGUCUGGAGGAAGCUCCACUACUCAGCAAAUAUUUUCUGGGACUUUUAGCACUGACACAUCUUGUAGACGAAUGGAGAAGAAUACAGUAAAGGAGAGAACUCACCUCUGCCUGGAGUGUGGGAAGAGUUUUACCGAGAAAAGUACCCUAAAAAUCCACCAGCGCAUCCACACUGGAGAGAAACCCUUUCACUGUUUGGAAUGUGGGAAGAGUUUUACUCAGCUGAAUCAUCUCCAGCUUCACCACCGCAUUCACACAGGAGAGAAACCCUUUCACUGCUUAGAAUGUGGGAAGAGUUUUAAUGUACAGAGUCAUCUGCGACUACACCAGCGCGUUCACACAGGAGAGAAACCAUUUCAGUGUUCAUAUUGUGGAAAGAGUUUUAGUGACAAAGGCAAUCUCAACAAACACCAGCGCAUCCACACUGGAGAGAAACCGUACUGCUGUUCAGAGUGUGGAAAGUCCUUUAAGGAUAGAGGUCCUUUCAAAGCUCACCAGCGCAUCCACACAGGAGAGAAACCGUAUUACUGCUCAGUAUGUGGGAAAAGAUUUAAUCAGCACAUUAAUCUCCAGCUUCAUCACCGGGUUCACACAGGAGAGAAACCGUUUCAGUGUUCAUUCUGUGGAAAGAGCUUUAGUGACAAAGGCAACCUCAACAAACACCAACACAUCCACACAGGAGAGAAACCGUACUGCUGUUCAGAGUGCGGAAAGACUUUUAAGGACAGAGGUCCUUUCAAAGCUCACCAGCGCAUCCACACAGGAGAGAAACCGUAUUAUUGUUUAUAUUGUGGCAAGAAUUUCAAUCAGCAGAGUCAUCUCCAAAGACACCAACGCGUUCACACUGGAGAGAAACCGUAUUAUUGUUUAUACUGUGGAAAGAGCUUUAGUGACAAAAGUACUCUCAAAAAGCACCAGAACAUUCAUACAGGAGAGAAACCGUUUGACUGCUUAGUGUGUGGAAAGAGCUUUACUCAGCAGAGUAGCCUCCAGCAACACCAGCGCAUUCACACAGGAGAGAAACCGUAUUACUGCUCAGACUGCGGGAAGAGCUUCAGACAUUCAAACACUUUAAAGGCACAUAAGUGCUCUAGAGGAGAGGUGGAAUCUCCUAACUCCUAACUAAUUUGUUGCAUCGGUGUUGAAUUUAUAUCCAGUUUUUGCUUGAAAUUUUUCAUGGAAAUCCAUGAACCAGACAGGGCCUAGGUGGGUUGCCUCAGACCAGUGGUCACCAACUCUCCUCCUAGAGAUGUAUUUUCUUAUAGAGUUUUGUUCCAACCUGCAACUAAGGUUGUGUUCAGACUGCAGGCAAAUCGGAUUUGUCUCUCAAAUCAGAUCUUCUAAGACGACUGCCUACACUGUUACUUGCAAGUGAUCAGGUCUGAUUUGUGUGUCUGGACAUCACCAGUAUAUCUGCAUGGGUUGCCAUGGUAACGACGUAGGCGUCAUUAACUACGUAGCUAUGCUGGUGACGUGGAUUUCAAAUGUGGAUGCAGGAGAGAUGGAGGAGCAUCAUCUCACCCUCCAAACUCUUCAGAAUCCUCCUCAUAAUCAUGAAUCUUUGGAGCUCCUCUUGAAUCCCAGCACUUCAUCACUCUGGAUUUGACAUCGUCGCUGUUUAUCGUGUUGUGAGUGACGCUUUGAAAUCAGUUUUGAGCGUCCAGACUGAGACACAUCUGUAAAAAUGUGACUGUAGUCGCAUUUCAAACCACCUCCAAAUGUGGUUUGGAUCUGAUUUGCAAAAAUCAGAUUUCAUGUGUUUUUUUGCUGUCCAGACUAUCAAAAAUCAAUCUGAAUACAAUCGGAUUUGGGCUGGCAGUCUGAACAAGGCCUAACAGGCUGCUGCCCCGUUACCUAACACUAAUGCAUCUGAUUCAGCCAAUGAAGAACAUCUGCAGGAGUUAAUUAGCUGGAGCAGGUGUGGUAGAUUGUGGUUGGAACUAGACUCUGCAGGAACAUAGAUCUCCAGAACCAGGGUUGGAGACCACUGCUGUAGACUCUUCUGUAAGAAAAAGAGGUCUUCACUUUUUCUCCUGUGUUUUUAUAUGCAUGUAGGACUGUGCGAUUGUUAUACAUUGGAUUUGUAUGCUUACAAUGUUUAUUGUCUUUAGUUUGGUGUAUGCGGGUGGUACGAAAAGGAUCUGAACGUAGCCGAACGCUCUACACAUUUACCAAAAGAAGUAGGCUUUGGACAUCAAUCAGCUGCUAAUCUGCCAGUAUCUGCACCAGAUGGAAAGAAACAAGAACAGGGUGUCCCUGAGGCCUUUUUACAUGUAUUGAAGUGCCAUUGUAAGAUCAUCAUACACAAACAGAUGAGGGAAAUUCUGAAAGUACUAACAAUUCUUUACCUAAUAUGUUUAUGGUAUUUGUACAACGUUUCAGAGAGUACAUAUAAAUUUGUACAUAUAAAACUGACAACUGCAUCUGAUGAUGCUUGCAGGCUAAAGCUAACUCUGGAUACAGUUUCACAUAUAGCUGGACAAAGCAAUGCUGUUAGAUCAUCACCUUCAUAUAUUGUAUGUAAUGUUUGAUAACUGAAGCUAACGAUGCUUGCAAGCUAAAUUGGCCAGUUAAAAUAAACCUCUCACAUGUACAGUUCUGUCACUUAGCUAGCGAGAUAACGCAGUGCUAUUACACUGACCACCUUCACAGAUUGUAACUUGAGUAAUAUUGUCUAUUUAUUAUUUCUGUUUUUAUUGUAUUUGAUACAUGUAAGCACUUUGUAAUUUUCAUCUGGUGUUUUUUGCUUUUAUUGAUGUAAAGCACUUUGAAUGGCCUUUGUAUAUGAAAUGUGUCACAUAAAUAAACUUACCUUGCCUAAUGUUUAA